AUGGCGAAAAAGAGGAAAUCGAAUGCUGGACAAGAUGAGAUCUCCCCGUUAGCAGCCAGUCAGGAAUUCGGCAUUUCAUUAAAAGAACUGCAAGGUUUAAUGCAGACACGUGGUCACGAAGGAGUUAGAGAUUUAAACGAUAACUAUGGGGGUCUGAGUGGUCUCGGACAAAAACUAAAAACAAAUUUAAUAACAGGUCUAUCUAGUGACGAAAAUGAUUUAGCUGUGCGUGUCGCUGCAUUUGGUCGUAAUGAAAUUCCACCAAAACCGCCUAAAACAUUUUUUGCGUUGAUGUUCGAAGCACUUCAAGACGUUACACUUGUUAUACUUAUUAUUUGUGCUGUCAUCUCGUUUGGCUUAUCUUUUUAUCAUCCAGGUGGAGACACCUUUGAAGCUGAAGUCAAACCAAAAGAAGCCAACGUUGAAUGGAUUGAAGGUGCAGCUAUCAUUAUUGCUGUCAUUGUUGUUGUUCUUGUCACUGCAUUUAAUGAUUGGACAAAAGAACGACAGUUUCGUGGUCUACAAUCGAAAAUCGAACUUGAUCAAAAGUUCAAUGUUGUCCGAGAUAAUAAUGUACGACAAAUUCCAAUCAAAGACAUUGUCGUUGGUGAUAUCUGUCAAGUUAAAUACGGAGAUUUAUUGCCGGCCGAUGGUGUCGUAGUACAAUCGAAUGAUCUCAAAGUUGACGAGUCAUCAUUAACAGGAGAAUCCGAUUUAAUCAAGAAACAUGAAUCAAAAGAUCCAUUUCUUCUUUCUGGCACGCAUAUCAUGGAAGGUAGUGGCAAAAUGUUAGUUUUGGCUGUCGGUGAACACAGUCAGACUGGUAUGAUAUUCAAACUAUUAGGUGCAACGAAAGAAGACGAAGAUGGUGAUAAGAAGGGUGGAAAUCAUAAGAAAGAAAAAGAUAAUGCCGACUCGGACGCUAACGAACGUCUUGUUAAGUCAGGAAUGGCUACAGAUGCAACUGGCAAUAAUCAUGAUGGAACAGAAUUACAGGAGGUUGCCCCUGCUGAUCCUGGAGAAGGAGGUGAUGACGACACGGGUGGUUUCAAAGUGAAAGAACGAUCCAUUCUACAAGCCAAACUAACCAAAUUAGCCAUUCAAAUUGGAUAUGCAGGCAUGACAAUUGCUAUUCUAACUGUAAUGGUAUUAUUGGUUCGAUUCUCCAUCGAAGAAUUUAUUCAACGACGUGAAAAAUGGAGUAACAAAUAUUGGAGUCGAUUUGUUCGCUAUCUAAUUACAGGUAUUACCGUCUUGGUCGUUGCUGUACCUGAAGGUUUACCAUUAGCUGUCACGAUCUCAUUAGCCUAUGCUGUUAAAAAAAUGAUGAUAGAUAAUAACUUAGUUCGUCAUUUGGAUGCUUGCGAAACCAUGGGCAAUGCUACAGCUAUCUGUUCGGAUAAGACAGGAACGUUAACAACAAAUCGUAUGACUGUCGUACAGGUUUAUGUAGCAGAAAAACACUGGAAACAAGUAGAAAAUCCUGUUAAAGUAAAAGAGAUUGUUAUACCAGCGAAAACAAAAGAAGUUAUACUCGAAGGCAUUUCUGUCAACAGCGGUUAUUCAUCAAAACUCUUGCCACCACCAGAAAGAGAAACAUUACCGAAACAAGUUGGAAAUAAAACUGAAUGCGGCUUAUUAGGCUUCGUCAGUGGUCUGGGCGGAAGUUACGAUGAAAUUCGUACGCAUUACCCUGAAGAAGGCUUCGUGCAUGUUUACACAUUCAAUUCAGUACGAAAGAAUAUGUCCACGGUUGUUCGGCGACCAGAUGGAGUUAUACGAAUGUAUACAAAAGGUGCAUCGGAAAUCGUCUUGAAAAAAUGCAAAUCAAUUUUGAAUCGUAAUGGAGAAGUCGUUCCAUUCUCAACGGUUGAUUACGAUCGUCUUGUGCAAACAGUCAUUGAACCGAUGGCAUGCGAUGGUUUACGUACGAUAUGUGUUGCCUAUCGAGAUUUCGAGCCGGACAGACUACCUGAUUGGGAUGACGAAGCUAAUGUUGUCGACAACUUAACAUGUAUUUGCAUAUGUGGUAUUGAAGAUCCUGUUCGACCGGAAGUACCAGAAGCUAUCAAUAAAUGUCGCAGUGCUGGUAUAACAGUACGAAUGGUCACAGGCGAUAAUGUGAACACCGCUCGAUCAAUUGCACUCAAAUGUGGUAUUAUUUCACCUAAUGACAGUUUCUUAGUACUUGAAGGAAAAGAAUUCAAUCGACGAAUUCGAUCGCGACCAGACGGAGAGGUUGAACAAAAUCUAUUUGAUAAAGUAUGGCCACAUUUACGUGUGUUAGCUCGUUCAUCGCCGCAAGAUAAAUAUGUUCUUGUAAGAGGUAUUAUUGCAUCGAAAUUAAAUCCAACACGUGAAGUCGUUGCCGUAACGGGUGACGGUACCAAUGAUGGACCUGCAUUGAAAAAAGCCGAUGUUGGCUUCGCUAUGGGUAUACAAGGAACUGACGUCGCAAAAGAAGCAUCUGAUAUCAUUCUUGUCGAUGAUAAUUUUAAUUCGAUUGUCAAAGCUGUCAUGUGGGGUCGAAAUGUUUAUGAUUCUAUAGCUAAAUUUCUACAAUUUCAAUUGACCGUCAAUGUUGUCGCUGUGUUCUGUGCAUUUAUUGGCGCGUGUAUUGUCAAAGAAUCUCCAUUACGUGCCGUGCAAAUGUUAUGGGUCAAUCUUAUUAUGGACACUUUAGCAUCAUUAGCAUUAGCAACCGAAGUACCUACAGAAGAAUUGUUGACUCGUAAACCGUACGGACGAACGCGACCGUUAAUUUCUCGAACAAUGAUGAAAAAUAUUAUUGGUCAUGCUGUGUAUCAAUUAGGUGUCAUGUUAUUUAUUCUAUUUCUUGGCCCGACAGUGUUCGAUAUGGAUGAUGGUCGUCCAGUAGAUAGCGUUUUUCGACCAUCUCAACACUUCACAAUGAUCUUCAAUGUAUUCGUUCUAAUGACAUUAUUCAAUGAAAUCAAUUGUCGAAAAAUUCAUGGUGAAAAAAAUGUUUUUCGAGGUAUAUUCACAAAUCCAAUCUUCUAUGGGAUUUGGAUUGUAACAUUCGUCGUACAAAUUCUUCUUGUUCAAUAUGGUUCAUUCGCUUUCUCCUGUGUUCCAUUAUCACUUGAACAAUGGAUGUGGUGUUUCUUUUUCGGCGUCACAGUUCUUCUGUGGAAUCAACUCGUUAAUCUGAUCCCGGUGACCCGUCAUAUGCCGAAAUGGGGUGCAGGCGAAGUUUAUGAGCAGACACUACCUGUGGAUUUGGGUCCUGAAGGACAACCUAGACAAGCAUCAAGUCUAACAAAAGGACAAAUACUUUGGUUACGAGGAAUAACACGUCUUCAAACACAGCUUCGUGUGAUAAAAGCAUUUCAAGAAUCAUUCAAUCGAUACCCACCAAAAUAUGUCACAUUAGAUCGGCUACGAGCCAGUACUAUACCCAAAUUAUCAUCUUACUAUUACGAUAAACGAUCUUCAAAACCUCUUCAUAUUGUAACUAACACUGAUAAUGAACGAUUACCAUUAACAAUCACUCAUGAUACCUAA